AUGAGUCUCGCUGUGCCAGCAGAAGCUCCCCAGCCAAAAAAAUUCCGACUGUCGCUGCCUACGCAGGUGGUUGUGCAAAGACCAUCAUUUACAUACCAGAAUAGCAGCAGCCCAUUGGAGCUCGAUGAAGCGGCUAACCGUGGCCAAUCACCAGCUGCUCCGUCUUCUGCACGUUCGUCUAGCACCACUUCAUGUGUCAAAGAGGAACGUGAUGAUUUCAUGACUGGCACUAAUGGCAGCAACAAUUUACUGUUCCAGAAAGGCGGCAAAAGUUUGGUAGAUGUGCUUUCCAAUGCAAUGAUACUCCAGGCUACCAAUGCAUUCAUCAAAGUAGUCACCACAGUACCCUCAGGACCACCAAUUCCGGGUGCAAUAGCUGUAGCAGCAUCGCCGGCCGCGGCUUUAUUCGGCGAAGAUGAUUGGUCCUGGCACCGAAAUCCAGCUGCAGCAAUUCGGAGUGGCGGAACUAACAAGCAAACACCGGUCUGGAAAUAUUUUGUCUACAAUAAAGCCGAAAAUCUGAGCAGAUGUAUCGUUGGCAAUUGCACGUAUAUGUUGAAAGGGCCGCAUACCAGCACACUGGCUUGUCAUCUCAAGAAACACCCCAAUGAAUAUGUUGAAUUCCAGAAACUAAAAGUGAGUUCGAUCACUUUGAAGUAUCAAAAUUUCGAUCACUGA